AUGGCCGACGAGCGCGACGUGUACCGUGCCGCCGCCGAUGAUCGAGACGCUCCUCUCCGCGACGAAGACCCCGGCCGCGCGAAACCGCCCAAGUCCCCGCCGCCUCAACCCUACCACACCGCCACCGCUCUAUCGUCCCUCGAAAGCCGCCUCGAGGAAUCCGAAGCCCGUCGUAUCGACUCCGAGGAACGUGUUCAGCAAUUGGAGAAGUUGGUGGAGGGUUUAUUGAAAAGCUCACCUGAACCAGCUGCGGCGCGGGCCGGAGUCUCUGAACCAGCUGUGGCGCGGGCUGGAUUCUCUGAACCAGCCGCAGCGCGGGCUGGGGAGUUUACGUUUACGCCGGUGAGAUCGGUCCCCUUGGACGUUCCCCCACACACCAUUCUGGAACGUUCAGGCAAUACCGCUGACCCCCUUGUUCGUUCCCCUGGGGGGGAAUCUCACAGCGCACGAAGGGACGGCCCUUCCUCGGCAGUAAUCAGCUCUCGUUGGAGAGGGACGUUACCUGACCGGGAAGGGCUAUGGACAGGGGAUAAUCCCGAUCGGUUGGUCACUUUCACUACAUUUGGGAAGUCGUACUUGUCUCUACUUUGCGACAUUUCCACCAGCGACCUUUUUACCACCGACCGCGUCAUCCAGCUUGUGGCGACCUUGUUCGUUCGUUCAACUUCUCCCAAGCGCCGUCAGUCUCCGCACGACUGGGCCGUUGAUACUAUGACGGACGCGCUCCGGGACGAACGACCUCACUGUUGGACGACACUGAUGACAGAAGUUGGACGUCGUUGGCCGGAUCCUGGCUUUGCCGACCGAGUGUCCCACGACUUCUACGGGUGCCGACAGUCUUCGUCUCGCGCCUACGACCAUGUGGGCGAAUGGCGUGCCCGCUACCGAGCGUUUAUGCACAACGACCCCAGCUUCAGCCUCUCGCCCCUUCAACUCGCCACAACCUUUUAUCAAUCGUUGAGUGAUGUGGCUAAGCGGGAAGUGCGGGCUGGUAUGCUGCGGGAAUAUCGGGAUAACUCACUCGUGACUAUAGGGAGGUUCGGACGAACUGUCCCGUCCCUCGAGGAGGUUACCGACUGGGCCGCCAUCGCCGACGACACCGGCACGACAUCAGUUUCGACCCCGCCGAUUCGUACGGCGACUUAUGGAGCAAUUGCAAAAACGCCACGCACCGCCCCAUCCACGCCGAACGACGACGCACGUACUCAGAUCCGUCGAGCUCGAUGGAUGAACCGCGCCGGUAAAUGGCAACAGGCCCACCUGUGGAAGGAUCGGAACACGUGGUUCUCGCCAGCAUCGGGUGGGGUACCCGCCAGCAUGGCGUGUUUUAAUUGCGGUCAAGGUGGCCAUUUCUCACAGCAUUGUACAGCGGAGCGACAAUCCCCCUCGACCGUCCAAAUAGCAGCAAUUGCCUUCGCCGACAUGGACGAGGACGAAUGGUCGUCGGCCUCAGGUGACGUUGAGGACCCCCAGGUGCGAUUCCCCCUUCCCCUCGAGACUGAUUUGACUCGACCGUCGAGUUCCGCAUCCGCCUUAGUGACGCACCACUCUUGCCCUCCGGCAGACCCUGUUGGUCAAGUGAAAGACGUCGCCUCUUCUUCUUUUGAAGUUCAGACCUCAUCAAGUAGUUCGCAUCCAACCGUGCCGGCAAAUGAUGCAGAUCAACAUCGUCUCGACGAUAGCCUGGCUGACAUCGCGAUUGACACGGUGGAAGAUGUCUUGUACUACGCUGAUGCCGCGUCGCGCUUGUGUCAUUAUCCGGGGCCGGAAGUGGUGUCGUCUCGCAAGGCGGAAAGGACUGCUUCGGUGAGCUCUUUCCAGAUUCUUGUGCCGUCGGGUGUGUCUCUCUUGGCGUCCGCUGUGCCCCUGAUCGACAUCGACGAACCCGACCGACCUGUCGAGCCCGCCAUUGUACGCGCCCGCAACGUCAUCGCGUGGACGCUACCUUCUGGAAGGGUUUUGCGAUGUUUGAUCGACUCGGGAUCAGAGGUCGACUUGGUGGAUCAGGAGGUGGUGCGAGUCGACCCGAGCUUCGCAACGGCCCGUUUGACUGCGCCGUUGCAUUUGCGCCUCGGCACCCAGGAUAAGUCCGACCGAUGUGCUGUGUUCGCCACCGCUCCUUUUUCGUCUGGUGCCCUAGAUCUCGGUUUGCGACCAUUCUUCGUUUGCCGGGUAACGGCGUACGACGCCAUCUUGGGGCUGCCAUUUCUUAAGGACACAGGCAUGCUCGUUGGUUGGGGCGCCUUCACCGUCGCGCGCACCGGCCCUUCGCAACCCGUCGCCCAGGAUACGCACGAAUGGGACCGAGCCGUCACCGUAGCACCUAUCUUAUCUGGUUCUGCCAUUGGCUGCAAUCACCCUGGGUUGCUCCCCGACGACGAGAUCAUCGGCCUCGAGCCACACAACCCGCUGCUUGAUGUCGUCGACGAUCCGGCGCUCGACGAUUUCUCUGAGUCCGAAGCACGAACACGAUUGGCUGCCUUACUCGAGAAAUUUUCUGAUGUGUUCGUAGAUUCGCUACCGAUGGACCAACUCCCACCGUACCGGCCAGUCAACCACGAGAUCCCGUUGAUCGAUCCCACCGAAAAGGUCAAACCCCGGGUAUACCCCCUUGCCGACAAAUAUCGCAGCCAGUGGGCGGAACACUCAGCUAAGUACACUCGUGGUCGAUUCUGGGUUUCGGGUCCGAUCGAUUCUGCGGCUCCGGUCUUUGCCAUUCCGAAGAAGAACUCCCAGACGGCUCGUUUCGUGAUCGACCUCCGCGCGCGCAACAGCAACACCGUCAAGCGUUUUUCGCCCAUCCCGGACAUGACCAAUGUUCGAUACGAGGUGGCUCGAUCGCGUUAUCGCUCUAAAUUCGACGUGGCCGCGGCAUUUGAGCAGGUUCGGGUCAUACCGGAGCACGUCGAUCGCACCGGCUUCGCAACGGUGACGGGCACGUACACGUCGCGGGUCAUGCAGUUUGGUGACACCAAUGCGCCCAAUACCCUCAACCUCUUAACCUCGGCGAUGUUCCAGCCGUGUCUCCCGUUCGCCAAGAUCUUUUUCGACGAUGUCCACGUCCAUUCCGAUACCCGUCGCGCGCACUUGAGACACAUCAAGAUCCUGCUGAUGACAUUGAGACAUUACCGGUUCUACUUAGGAUCCAAGAAGUCCGAGUGGUUCUCAAAGUCGUUGGACUCCUUGGGCACCAUCAUUUCCGACGUCGGCAUCGAAGUCGACCCCGCCAAGUGGGUGCGUAUCCGUCAGUGGCCGAUCCCGUGCAACAAGACCGAUGUCCAGCGCUUCCUCGGCACCGUCAACUGGAUGCGAGAUCACCUACCGCACCUCUCAAAGAUUUUGGAGCCGAUCACCGCGUUAAUGGCGCAAUCGACGUCAUGGCGUUGGAACGAGCGAGAACAGCAGGCUUUCGAUACCGUCAAGUCCCUUGUGCCCGCCAUCCUACGACCGAUCGAUGGCGCCAAGGUUACCUCGGGCGAGCACAAGAUGUACCUCUUCACGGAUGCCAGUCGGGUUGGCAUUGGCGCUUGUUUGGCGUCCGGGCCCAACCGUUCGCAGGCCGUUCCAACGCGAUUCUUUUCCGCUAAGUUCAACGGUGCUCAGCUCAACUAUCAUGUCACUGAUAAAGAGUUCUUGGCUGUCGUCUCGGCGUGUCGGGCGUUCGAGCAGCACUUGAUCGGUUACCCCUUCGUCAUCGUCACCGACCAUCAGGCCCUUCGCACGAUAAAAACCCAAAAACUGCGCCAAACGCCUCGGCACAUCCGCAUGUGUCUCGAACUCAGCCGUUUCGACUUCGAAUUUGAAUUCAUUGCUGGCAAGAACAACACCCUGGCCGAUUCGUUGUCGCGUCUGUGGGAGGUCAAGCAGGGUUCACACGAGGAUCAGGUCAAGGAGAAUGAGUUGGAGGACAUGUUCUUUGAUGGAGAACGCCACGAAUUCACUACACCCGGUGAGAGCCUCCCUGAGGAACGUCCUUGCACUUCACCAUCUCCCGAUCGGUUGCCUCCUGUUGAUUUUGCCCUCGGGCCCCAACACGACGAUUGCGAGGCAGGCUCUCCCGGAUACUACGCGCUCAAGGAGGAAUCGCAAGACGAGGACGUGAAUGGACAGGAAUUAGGGAAUUUGUUCUUGAAGGAAGAAUGCCACGAGUUCAUUACGCCCGGUGAGAGCCUCCUCGAGGAACGUCCUUACACCUCACCUUCGCACGAUCGGUUGCCCCCUGUUGAUUGCGCCUUCGGGCCCUGGGGUCACGGUUACGACGCAGGCUCUCCCGGUUCCCCUCAUCUGGCCGAGAACAUUAUGGACGCCGUCGAUUGGUCUAUCGGCCGCCUCUCUCCUCCCAUCGCUGUCAAUCGAGUUCACGCUAUCGCUGCGGCUCCCGCCAACGACCCGCCCAUUCCGGUCGAUGCCGACGCCGACGAACUCGAUUUGUUGGGAGUUGCCACCGAUGACGUCAACGACACCCCUGUAGUCCAUCGGCCGCCUGAUCCACUGCCCCAACCCUUCCUCGACACCGUCAUCCGAGCAUACGCCAACGAUUCGCAAGCCCAGGUCAUCAUUACCGACCCGCUAUCAUGGCCUAUGUUUCGGGUGACCGAGGAAGGGAGGAUUUUGCGUGUACAUCCAGAUGAGUCUCUUUCCUUGUUUGUGCCUCGUGGUCUCGCUACUGGCGUCGUCAACUCCGACAAGGUCCCAUCGCUGCGCGAGCUCGUGCUUUCGGAGAUUCAUCGAAGUGUCGGGCAUGCAGGACAUCGCAUCACCUUGGCCGCCAUCCGUCCUUUGUACUGGUGGUCGUCCAUGUCUGCCGAUUGCGCCGAGUUCUGCCGUUCAUGUGAAGACUGUACCCGAGGCAAGGCGUCCACUCAAGUCCCCUAUGGCCGACUGCAUCCGAUGCCGAUCCCUUCUGGUCCUUGGGAACAAGUGGCCAUCGACUUCAUGACAGGACUGCCUCCGGUCGAGCUCGAAGGGAUGAUGGUUGCUCAAAUAAUGGUGGUCACUGACACUUGGGGCAAGAUGGUCCACCUGAUUCCCCUCCCAGCCGAUGCCGACUCGGAGCUCGUUGCCGAGAAGUACUACGCCACCGUCUUCCGACUGCAUGGGAUGCCUUCCGCCAUCGUUUCCGACCGUGAUCCCAAGUUCACCUCGCAGUUUUGGCGGGCAUUGCAGGCAAAGAUUGGCACCGUCUUGCGAAUGUCAACCGCGGCACACCCCGAGACGGACGGAUCGAGCGAGAAUCGGAUCAAGAUGGUCACCCAAACCCUGCGGAUCAUGGUCUCGUCAAACCACGAGGCUUGGGCAUCUCGUCUUGUUGAAGCUGAGUUCGCUCUUAACUCUUCUGUUGCUGUGUCCACGUCGCUGUCGGCUUUUGAGGCAACCUACGGCUACCUUCCUCGACGUUGGCCCUCGGAUUCCUGGUCUGUCUCGGACGUCCCUCGUGCGGAAGCGUUUGCUCGGAUCCGACAAUUACGGAACCUUGACGUGACGGAUGCGAUCAUUGGAGCACGCCUCAACCAGUCCCAUCAGGCCAACAAGCAUCGACGCCCAGACGACCCCGCCUUUCGGACCGGCAGUUACGUCUAUCUUUCGACAAAGAACCUGGCAGUUCCUGACGGCAUGAAGUCGAAGUUGUUGCCGCGCUACAUCGGCCCCUUCCGUAUCCGAGCGGCCAUCCCUGCGACGUCCAGCUACGACCUCGAGCUCCCUCCAGCGAUGUCGCGAGUGCACAAUCGUUUCCAUGCUCGACUGCUUCGGCCUUGCGUUGAGAAUGAUGCUGAAAGGUUUCCUGGGCGUGACCCCGCAGUUCUUUUUGUCGAAGACGUAGCCGACGCAGCCGACAAUUCUGCGAUUCCGGAACGGAUUGUUCGCGAUCGGCGGAACGCUCGGGGCGCUCGUUCGUUCUUGGUUCGAUGGGUAGGCCGUAACGACACCGACGAUACUUGGAUGUCAGAGCAGUCCAUUCGCCUUGACCAUCCGUCCGUCCUCGACGCCUACCUCGCGCGCCUCGAUCGCUCGAACCGCCGCCUCGCCGCACGGUAG